GAUUUUCUCUUCCCUUUUAGGGUUUUGUCUAAUAUUCAUUACGGUCCCCAGAUAGAACAAUUUUUUCCCAUCUCUCACCUAGCUUUCUCUUUCUAUUUCUCUCCUGAACCCUAGUUUUUUUUUUCUUCUUCAUUCAUCACAUACCCACCCAACGUUCGAUAAACUUUUCUACGUCUUGAUCACUCUGAGGCGUUUGGUAUCGGUGGAGAUUCAGUGUGAAUCGGUGAUUCCAAUUUAGCAUCAAGGACGCUCGGAUUGAGACUCCCGUUGGACGAUUUCAACGAGAGGUUUUCAAUCAUCCUGCUCCUGAAACUUCUGAACGAUCAUCAAGAGCUUUGCAGGGGUAACACUGACGGGUCUUGGGAGAAAUGGAUCCUGGUCGCUAUGGUCUUCAGCAAGGAUGGGAAAAUAACAGCGCUUUGGAGGGGUAUGCUGCAGUCCAUGAGCCAAACUUUCGGGGUGGUGGUUCCCAUGAUGAUAGGAGGUUUAUAGAUGAGAGAUUCUCAAGGGACAGCAUUUAUCCAAGGAAUGCCUUCCAUCGGGACGUACUGGAGAGGGAGCACUAUCCACCUCCGCCACAUGCAGUUGGUCUUUGGCCUCAGACAAGGAAGAGAAGUUAUGAUGAAGAAUAUCCACUUGAUAGGGAUUCAAGGCGACAUGAGAAGCCUUAUGCUGAUUCAUAUUAUGAAAUAGACAAUUUGCGUGGAGCUGACACAUUACAUGAAUAUGAUAAGUAUCGAGAUGGCUAUCGUAAUAUUGAUAACUACCGAGUUGACGGGUUUGACAGGCCUACUAGGUGUGGGGGUCGUGACCGUGACGAUUAUGCAUAUGAUGAUUAUGAUUACAGAUCUCGUGUCUCUUAUCAGAGCAAGGAGGGUAGCCGUGAAAGGGAUUAUGAUUAUGGCAGAAAUAGUUAUGAUUCUGACUAUGAUAGAGGUAGGAGAGAGAGUAGCUGGAGGAGGCGUGAUUCCCGUGAUCGUGAACGUGACAAGAGAGAUUUGAGUCGAGAAAGGGAUGAGAGUCCAUAUAGAAGGCAUGAACGAUCUCGGUCUCGUGGACAUGAUGAUCGCCUAAGGUCAAGGUCUCCACGAGGUCGAAGUCACAGUCGAAGUCAUAGAGAGGACAGCUAUGAUGAUGUCCGACAUGAGAGGAAUGAGAAGCGAAGGGAUCGCGAAGAAAAAAGGCAUGACCAUUAUUCUGUGGCUCCGUCUGCUACUGUUGUUGUGAAGGGUCUCUCUCAGAAGACAACUGAGGAAGAUUUAUACCAGAUCCUUGCUGAAUGGGGACCACUUCGGCAUGUCCGUGUGAUCAAAGAACGAAAUUCUGGCAUUUCUCGUGGAUUUGCUUUUAUUGAUUUUCCUUCGGUGGGUGCAGCACGGGCAAUGAUGGAUAGACUUGGAGAGGAUGGUCUUGUUGUGGAUGGUCGGAAGCUCUUCUUUGAGUACAGUAGUAAGCCCACUGGGGUGGGUGACAGACCUUUUGGACAAGACAAUGCAUCAAGAUCCGGGCAUGGAAACCAUAGAAGUAUCACUGUGCCAUCUGAUUGGAUGUGCACCAUCUGUGGCUGUGUCAAUUUUGCAAGGCGGACAUCUUGUUUCCAGUGUAAUGAGGCACGAACAGACGAUGCUCCUCCAGCAGAUAUGGCAUCAUCAAAUCCUACCCCUACUGGGAAGAAAGGAGAUGCAGGUCCUACCCAUGUUUUGGUUGUCCGCGGGUUGGAUGAAAAUGCUGAUGAGGAAAUGCUUCGUUAUGAGUUUUCCAAACAUGCUCCAAUCAAGGAUCUUCGACUUGUCAGAGACAAAUUUACUCAUGUUUCAAGGGGAUUUGCUUUUGUUCAUUUCAAUUCGGUUGAGGAUGCCACCAAGGCCCUUGAAGCAACAAAUGGGACAACUCUUGAGAAGAAUGGACAGAUUCUACGAGUUGCAUAUGCCAAAAGUAUUCUUGGACCAGGGUCGGGGGCAUCAGGAACUUCUCAUUCCAGCAGUCUUGCUGCUGCUGCAAUUGAGGCAGCCACAUUUGCUCAACAAUAUGAUGCUGUGGGAUGGGCACCUAAAGAAUAUAAUCCAGAUGACAAACAAUCUGCUGGUGGGCAGGAGCAGAGGGGAGAGCUUGCAGGUCAAAAGGAUGCUUCAGCUCCACAAUCUGGUUUUGUGUGGGAUGAAGCAUCUGGCUAUUAUUAUGAUGCUGCUUCUGGGUUCUAUUAUGAUGGGAAUACAGGUCUAUAUUAUGACGGUAACAAUGGAAUGUGGUACUCUUAUGAUAACCAAACUCAGCAAUAUGUCCCCUGCACUGAUCAGAAUGACAAAACUGCUGACAAACAAACUGAUACUUCCAAGACCUCUGAGGCUUCUAAUAGUAGAAAAGUAGUAAUCUCAGCACCAGCUUCUACCGUAUCAUCAAAUGAGAUGGUUGCCUCAUUACCAGAUGCUGUCCAGGCUGCUGCCAAUGCAGCAAUAGCUGCAGAGAAGAAAGAGAAGGAGAAGUUGAAGGAGAUAAGACUUGCUUCAAAAACCAGUAUUCUGGCUAACAAGAAGAAGAUGAAUAAUGUAUUGACAAUGUGGAAACAAAGAAGUCAUGAAGGCCAAGCUCCCCGUGUGGCUCUGGAUGGCAGCCAGCCAUCUUCCACUGCCGAAGACAGAUCCAAUUCUGUUGGACCAUCUGCAAAGAGCAAGUUCAAAACUGAGGCAGUGAUCAGGAAAGAGAAUACUGCAGCUACUUCGGCAUUUACCACAAGCACAUCUGCUCAAUCUGUUAGUCUGGAGUCUCAAGAUAGGCCCAGACCUUUAAUGGGGGUUAUCAGGGGGUCUGGAAGGGUGGUGGUGAAUUCAGAUCCCUUGUAUUCAGUAGCAUCAGGGGUUGAUGCCGCCCCAUCAUAUACAGUUGCAUCCUCUGGCGAUUCAUCUUCAUUGACAAAUAUAGAUGCACCUACAACUGCGACGCCCUUUAGAACUGAUCUAUCUGCAUUGGGUUCUUAUACACCUCCAGUAGCUGCUGGUGGUGGUAAAAGAAGGUUUUCAGAGAUGCCACUACAGUCUGGUUCUUCCCAUAAGGAGCAACCUCAGACCGCCUAUAGAGAUCGUGCAGCUGAGCGGAGGAGCUUGUAUGGUUCAUCAUCUGCUUUCGGAAAUGAUCUGUCUGACCUUGGAAAUAAAGAUUCAAGUAAGCUUGGUUAGCCUCUUGUUCAGUGUCAUGCUUUAUUCUGUGUUAUGUGCUCAUUUUCCGCAUUCUGUUUGUCCCUAUGGAAAUGCGUGAGAUGUGGAGUCAUUGCAUAUAGUGAUUCCGCUUGUCUUCUAUAAGGUGAUGUGGGGCUAUUGAGAGAGGUAGUUGUGCUAUAGUAAUCCUUGGUUGAUCUCCCCCCUGGAUUUCACACUUCCUUGGGUUUAUUUUCUCAAUUGUUGUACUAAAUUGUGAGGAAAUUUUUGUUUUUACCAUUCCCAAACUUUCAAGAUCGAGACACGGCAUUGAAGAGGGGUGAUGCAAUGCCUUUCCCCCCUGGUGUUGGGGGUGGACGUGGUGCUGGUGAUGCUAACAGCAAUGUUCAGAGCUAUGAGGUGAUUACAGCUGACAAAGCGCUAGAUGAGAGCAAUGUGGGCAAUCGGAUGCUCCGUAGCAUGGGCUGGCAGGAAGGCUUGGUACCAUUUUUUACUCUCACUUGCAUAGAUUUCAUGGUUACAUGCUCUAAUUAAACGCACUCUUUCCCUAAAUACUCUGACUCACCAGUGCAGUGAAAUGGUCCAAAAGUUUCUAACCCUUAAUUCAUUAGAUCAUUAAUGCAUAUUCCCCUUUCAUAUUUUCCAAUCUCUGGUUUUCGCCGUAUUUCUCUUAUGAACAAGGGGCUGCAUAUUUGGAACAGUAUAGUGGCAGGCUGGCCAUUUCCUCAAUAUAUUGCAGGAUCUGACUUUACAUUUGGGUAUUGUUGUUUUUGUUGUUUCCUGUAUUGAUACAAUGUCCAGGGAUUGGGGAAGGAUGGGAGUGGAAUGGUCGAGCCUGUCCAAGCACAAGGUAUGGAAAAAAGAGCUGGACUGGGUAGUCAGCCGAAGAAGUUGGAUCCAAGCCUGGAGGUGCAGACUGGGGAUAGUUAUCGAACUCUUAUUCAGAAGAAGGCCAUCGCCAGGUUCCGAGAAAUGUCGUAAUAUGUUUGGUGCCAAUUACUGAACUCUGAGGCUCAGGUUCGAGGUUGCUGUGAAACAAUGUGGUCUGUGGUGUGUACAAUUGCUUUAGGGUUAUGCAGCACCUAUAUUUUAGGUGUCCUGUCUAUUAUUUUCUUACUGCAAUAACUGUUAGCUUAUUGUACUGGUAAAAAUCUAAUAUAAUGCAUUAAAUUUUUGGUUUGGCUCUCUCAACUUAACUUGGGAACUUGGUGGGAGGAU